AUGUAUAGAGAGUACUUCAGGACCGUCGGGUUGACCUUCAUUAUGACCAUCAUCUUCUUCUGUGCCUUCCAGCAGGCCGCCUCGUUGGCCUACAGCUAUUGGCUGAGCCUGUGGGCCGAUGACCCGCCCGUCAAUGGCACGCAGAGCGACCACGAGCUGAAGCUGAGCGUGUUUGCAGCUCUGGGCUUCACGCAGGGGAUGGCCAUGUUCGGGACGACCCUUGCCAUCGCUCUGGGAGGUAUUGUAGCAUCGCGUCACCUUCACGCCGAUCUCCUCCACAGUGUCCUGCACUCAACCAUGACCUUCUUUGAGGUCACGCCCAGCGGAAACCUUCUGAAUCGCUUCUCCAAAGAGAUCGAUGCAAUCGACUGCAUGAUUCCUGAUGGGCUAAAGAUGAUGCUGGGCUACCUGUUCAAGCUGCUGGAGAUCUGCAUCAUUUUGUUGCUGGCCACACCCUUCACAGGGCUGGUGCUCCUCCCCCUCACCUGUGUUUACGGCUUCAUACAGAGUUUCUAUGUGGCUGCGUCGUGUCAGCUGCGACGGCUGGAGGCGGUGAGUCGCUCGCCUAUCUACAGCCAUUUUAAUGAGACGGUGCAGGGCGCCAGCGUCAUCCGAGCCUUCUGUGAACAGCGACACUUCAUCCUGCAGGCCAACCGCCGCAUUGACAACAAUCAGGAAGCUUAUUUCCCUCGCUUCGUCGCCACCAGAUGGCUGGCAGUGAACCUGGAGUUUUUGGGGAAUCUGUUGGUUUUGGCUGCAGCCGUCCUCUGUGUGCGAGGUCGGGGUGAACUCAGCCCGGGCAUCGUGGGAUUGGCAUUGUCACAGUCUCUCCAGGUGACGGGAAUCCUGAGCUGGAUUGUUCGAUCCUGGACUGAUGUGGAGAACAACAUUGUGUCGGUGGAGAGAGUCAAAGAGUACGACAGCACUCCUAAAGAGGCAGCGUGGACCCUCGAGGGCAGCUGGUUGCCGGCAGCCUGGCCGACCACAGGAAACAUCCAGUUUGAAGACUACGGACUGCAGUACCGUAAAGGUCUGGACUGGGCUUUAAACCACAUCUGCAUCAACAUCCAGGACAGAGAAAAGGUGGGGAUCGUUGGAAGGACGGGAGCUGGGAAGUCCUCUCUGGCUCUGGGGAUCUUCCGGAUUCUGGAGGCAGCGAAGGGACGGAUCUUUAUUGACGGGAUCGACAUCGCUCAGAUCGGCCUGCAUGAUCUCCGCUCCAGGAUCACCAUCAUUCCUCAGGACCCGGUGCUGUUUUCUGGUUCUCUGAGGUUGAACCUGGACCCCUUUGAAACCCGCUCAGAUGAGGAUCUAUGGAAAGCUCUGGAACUGGCUCAUCUCAGCAGCUUCGUAUCUGCACUACCACAGAAACUGAACCAUCAGUGCUGUGAAGGAGGAGAGAACCUCAGCCUUGGCCAGCGGCAGUUGCUGUGUUUGGCCAGAGCUCUACUGAGGAAGACCAGGAUCCUAGUUUUAGAUGAAGCCACAGCAGCUGUGGACCUGAAGACAGACCAGCUGGUCCAGUCCACUAUACGCUCUCAGUUUGAUGACUGUACAGUCCUAACCAUCGCUCACCGCCUCAACACCAUCAUGGACUACACCAGGAUCAUUGUGAUGGACCAAGGCUUCGUUGCAGAGAUGGACUCCCCCUCUCAGCUUCUCUGUAUGCAGGGCCACUUCUACCAGAUGUGCGUCGAGGCUGGAUUGGCCUGAUGUACAAAGAUCAUGUCUAUUCCUGAAACCUUCACUCUCUUCUUCUGUGCUUUGUUUUAGACGUCAGUACAGUCAGUACUGAAUCUUUUUAAUUCUUCUGAUAUGUUUCGUUACAAUAAAAGCAGGUGUGUGCAAGU